AUAAUGCGAUGGAAUUGAGCGAAAUAUGAAAAUGCGGCGCGAUGAGAAACCCAUCCCAGAACAACAACAAGCAGCGAGCUGGUGAAUCUCGAGAGUACACCAUCCAACGGAUUAAAUCCGCCGGACAAUUGUGGCAAAUUAGAUGCGCAGAGCGCAGAUCCGCAGUCCCGCCGAGUGGAUCAGUCGCCGAGCAGACGAGAUUCGCACAGCAACGCCACCAGAGUGUAGCAGCAUUAUCCAUUAGCCGCAGAGUCACCAUGCAGGUCAAGUGCCUGAUCAUCUGCCUUGGAUUGGGGCUGCUCAUGUUAGCCACGCCCAUUUGCGAAGCACGACGUGGACGUGGCCGUGGACGCACCAAGUCCAGGGUUCAGAUCGGAUUGCCCAUAACGGGAAAAUAUCGUGAUCCAGAAUCUGAUCAGUAUUACAACAACAACAAUGGCGCCAAAAUCCUGCAAGCUUCGCACUUUGAUCUCGAGUACGUUCUGGGCCAUAAGAUCGCCUUCUUGUGCGUGGCCAAGGGCAAUCCCCGACCUCAUAUCACCUGGUACAAGGACGGGGCGGAGAUCUAUCAGCACCUGUACAUGCACGUCCACGAAUGGCGCAUCGGCGACGACAAGGUCAAGUCAAAGAUCGAAAUUGACCCUGCCACCCAGAUGGAUGCCGGUCUGUACGAGUGCACGGCUGACAACAUGUACUCCAUUGAUCGGCGCAGCUUUAAGACCGAUUUCUCAAUCGCCUUCGACUGAUCAGAGUCUGGACCUCAGUUUGACAACCGAAAGGUUAAAGAAGUCACCCGGAAAUGGAAAUAUAAACAAGAAACAAAUCUGAAACGUCAUUCCUACUAUUUUAUCUUGGGAAUCUGUAAAGCUAGGAUCAAGUUUGAAGUUUCCAUUUAUAAAAAGAAACAGAAGAAUAUGUUUUAUAUUCAAAACAAUAUGCAUCUAAAGAUCUUUCAAUGGGUGAACUCUAACAGCUAUUUAGUAAUGAUGUUUUUAUAAAAUUGUUGUAUUAUAAAAAUAAACAAAUUGAGUUGUUAUAAGUUUAA